AUCACACACGAUAAAGUCUUUGUCUGUAAAGCGAGUCUGGCCUGAUAACAAGUUUCUUUGCGCGACGUGAUUAAGUGUUGAGCAGGCAGUGUUCACUCGUAAACGGUCGAGUGAGCAUUUCAGGCUCGAGUGAAUACUUCAGACUCACUAAAUAAUAUGAAAAUAAUGGCAAAAAUAACAGUAGCUACGUUAUACUUGAUAGUGUUUUUGGUGCUCGCGUAUUUCACGUAUGGUGAGUACAAAGAUUUCAUUUCGCGACAGCGCGAUACACGGUGUGCACAGUGUGGUAACGAUAUUUGGAUGAUGAUUCGUGCAUCAGGUUUGUCGGCGAAACAUUAUACCGGUCGCUUCAUGAAUUUGACGACUUAUGGUUUAACCGGUCGUAUAGUCAACGGGACCAAGGCCGUUUCGAUGCAAUUCCCUCAUCAGGUGUCUUUGAAGCGCAGCUGGUCCGAGGGUCAUUUUUGCGGCGGAAGUAUCAUCAGUGACAAAUUAGUCCUCACUGCGGGUCACUGCAUGUAUCUUCGUGAUAGUAUCAUCGAACCUUGGACUAUCCUCGUGGUUGCCGGAGAGAUGAGAUUAACCGACAUUACUCCGGCCGGUCAGAGACGGAAUGUGAAAGUCAUCACAUUGCAUCCGCGCUUUAACAACAUUACUUUACAAAACGACGUUGCCAUUUUGGAACUAUCGAUACCCUUCGCGAUGACUCCGGAAGUUCGUAGCGCUGCCUUACCGACUUCUGAUGUUACACCCAAAGCAUUGUGCGUGGUGUCCGGAUGGGGGUAUCAAUCGGCGUUUCAGAAUAUUCCCAUAGUGUCCAACGAUCUGAUGUACGUAGAACUACCUAUUCGCGAACCGAGGGAAUGUCGCGAGUUGCUCAUCAACAUAACGACAAUAUACCCAGGAAUGUACUGCGCCGGCUUCCUCAAGGGAGGCAAAGACGCCUGUCAAGGCGAUUCCGGCGGCGGUAUGGUUUGCAACGGCAUUUUAACCGGUGUUGUUUCUGGCGGCCAAGGAUGUGCGUUACCAAAGUUUCCUGGCGUGUAUUCGAACGUUUUUUACUACAAAGAUUGGAUAGAAUCAACAAUUGGACAGAAUAUCAACAAUAUAAAGGAACAAAAAGAAGAUGGGCCUAAUUCUUGCGCGCGUAAAACCCCGAGGAUCAUGGCCGUUGUUUCAUUCUUCGUCCUAUUGAUUAUGAUUAAUUAAGAUUGAUAGGACCUUGAGAUUGAUAUUCUUUGUUAGCAUAUAGAUACGCCGAGAUAUUUGCCGACACCGUGAAACGAAUCACAGGAUUUUAUAGCUGCGUACCGAGUGAUACAUGCGAGUGAAUUGCCUCGUGUAGUAAAUGAAAAAUUUUAAAUUAACGAGAAAAUUUGCAUGGUUUACCUGGCUGUGCACGAAACAAUUCCCAGGGAUGUUUCCAUCGUGUUUUACAAUUCAUUGCUAACGAACACUCAAUUGAUUGUUUACUUCGCAAGAGAUUUUAUAUCAGGACGCGUGCGGCAAAUACGUUUAUCUACAUGCUAUGUGAAAAACCUGAGAGCGAGCUGUAACAAUAAUUAUUUCCUAAACAAUAAUAAGUACUGUUGCAUUUACACGAUUAUUUAUUACAUCCCGUUAUUUUGCAAAAUUUCAAAAGCUUCGACUUGUAUUCAAGCUUAUCUUAUUGUUUAUCUCAUAGCUUCUUUGCUUUUCAUGUUUAAAGCUUUCAAUAUUUGACAUUAAGAAACCAGAGUGAAAAUACGUUUUAAGCCAGAGAAAGAACAUGUUUUAACGAUCGACUUAAAAGUGAAGAAUUUUACACUUUGUGGAAUCGUCGAUACACCUAAUGACUCGGCGAAAUACCUAUUUGUCUUGAGCAAUUUCCGUUAAUGUUAUCGACGGGCAGAUUAGCCGUAUUACUGAAAUUGUUAUAAAUAUAUUUACGCAUGCUCUUAGGAAAUAAACCUUAUCGCAUA